AUGGUCCGGUGGGGGUGCUCACGUGAACUCUCUGCUUUCCUUGCAGCCUGCUAUGGGAUUGUCCAGGUUCCAACCGGACCCUGGUUCUGUCGGAAAUGUGAAUCCCAAGAGAGAGCCGCCCGGGUGAGAUGCGAGUUAUGUCCCCACAAAGACGGAGCCCUGAAGCGGACCGACAAUGGCGGGUGGGCUCAUGUCGUCUGUGCUCUGUACAUCCCCGAGGUCCAGUUUGCCAACGUGCUCACCAUGGAGCCCAUCGUCCUGCAGUACGUCCCCCACGACCGUUUCAACAAGACCUGCUACAUCUGUGAAGAGCAGGGUAGGGAGAGCAAAGCCGCGUCGGGAGCCUGCAUGGCCUGUAACCGCCACGGCUGCCGGCAAGCUUUCCAUGUCACCUGUGCCCAGAUGGCUGGCCUCUUAUGUGAAGAGGAAGUCCUAGAAGUCGACAAUGUCAAAUAUUGUGGCUACUGCAAGUACCACUUCAAUAAAAUGAAGACCUCACGUCACUCCGGUGGUAGCUCCUUCAUUGCUGGCAGAAGGAGCCGGUCCACGUCCCCUGCUCAAGAGAAGCACGUUUCCCACCACGAAAGGCCAAAGAAGAGUCGGAAGGACAAGGAAAGACCUAAACAGAAGCACAAAAAACGCCCGGAAUCUCCCAGCAGCCUCACACCAUCCUCGGUGCCCAUUGCGCCUGAGAAGGGCUCCAGCAGCCACCAUGAGGGGAGCAAAGAGCCCUCGGACGUGGGCAGGUCGGAGGUGAAAGGCAAGAAAUCCUCCAGCCAUGGCAGCAGCCACAAGGGGAAAAAGACGGGAAGCGGGAAAAGCUCGACCGGCUUCAGCUCGGCCUCAUCCAGCGGGACGUUCCAGCCUGCAGGCACCUCCUGCAGCUCCUUGCAGUGUUCCCAGGACUUCGUGACAUUCCCCAAGCUCGAGCAGGAGGACGAGAAGUACCGCAAGCCUGUCUCCUCCUCCUCCUCUUCCCACUGCUCCCCGCUGUAUGAAGGCCAGAAAGGGGACGUGUUUGAGCAGAAGGUCAUCUUCUCCGGCUUCGGCUCCAUCAUGCGCUUCUCCACGUCGGCCGUGAGCCAGCAGAGAGGCCGCGACGCCUCCCCCGUGGACUACAAGGUCUCCAACCCGGUGAGCGGCCCCUCGGCGGGGAGCAGCGGGGCCAGCAGCAGCCACAAGCGGAUGCCCUCGCUCAGCAUCGAGGAGGGAGAGGUGCUGAAGGAAAAGAAGCACAAAGGCAGCAAGAAAAACAAGCACGGACCUGGCAGGCCCAAAGGGGGCAAAAGCAAAGAGAUUUUGGGGGCCCAGCUGGCUGGGUCCACGUCCACCUCCUCGUCGCCCUUCUCUGGGGGCUCUCUCGUUAGCUCCAGCGUUGGCAACUCGUCACGGUCCUUCAGCCACACGGGGAACCUGCCCAGCCUCAGCAUGGAGUCCCCACUGCUGGGUUCAGGGAUCUACACCAGCAACAAGGACCCCAUUUCGCACGGGGGCGGCGUGCUGCGCGCGGUGUGCAGCACCCCGCUGUCCUCCAGCCUGCUGGCGCACCAGGCCACAGCGUCCCUGCCGCAGCUCACCCGCUCGCCCUUCGCUAGCACCAUCCCAGCCUCCUCUUCCUCGGUCUCCACCACGCAGGUGUUCUCGCUGGCAGGUUCAACCUUCAGCCUUCCCUCCUCGCACAUCUUUGGAAGCUCCCUCACCUCUGGGCUGUCCAUCAACCCGCUGUUGAAUCAGUCGGAAAGCAGCCGGGCAGAGCCUGACCUGGAAGACUGCGGGUUUGGCUGCCGAGGGACGUCGCCCCAGGAGAGCCUCUCUUCCAUGUCCCCCAUCAGCAGCCUGCCAACCCUCUUUGACCAGACGGUGUCCUGCAGCAGCAGCGGGCAGCUGGAGAAUGUCCCCCAGGCCACCCCCAACAUCGAGCAGCUCCUGGAGAAGCAGGGCAACGGGGAAGCCGGCGUGAACAUUGUAGAAAUGCUCAAAGCCCUGCACUCGCUGCAGAAGGAGAACCAGCGGCUCCAGGAGCAGAUCAUGACGCUGACAGCCAAGAAGGAGCGUUUGCAGCUCCUCAACGUCCAGCUCUCCGUCCCUUUCCCGGUGGUGACCACCAGCAAUGGCCCCAGCAGCCAGACCCAGUACAUCCUGCCUCCCAACGUCUGCAACAACGAUUCCCUGAGCAUCAGCAAGAGCCCCCCGUGCAAGAACAGCUUUGGGAUUGAGAACUCGCUCUCCACCUCCUCUGAGGACCCUCAUUCAGGUUGCCCCAGCAGGAGCAGCUCUUCCCUGUCCUUCCACAGCACUCCUCCGCCCCUACCCAUGCUGCAGCAGAGCCCUGCCUCGCUCCCCCUGCCCGCGGUGCAGCAGGUGAAUGGCCUGGCCAGGGUGGCAGGCAGCGGGCUGGGGGGAGGCACCGCUGGCAGCCACAGCCUCUCCACGGUGCCCAUGGUGGACGGCCUGAUGGGGACCCUGGCAGGAGGCCAGCAGAUGCCCAUCAACGGGAUCCUGGGGAAUCUGAACGGCGCUCAGGCCGCCCAGGCUCCGAGCGCGCUGACGCAGGCGAGCGGGCCGCCGACCUUGCAGCUCUCCACCAGCCUGAGCAGCGUGCCCAGCCUGAGUCCCCUGACGGAGCAGCAGCGGCACAUCCUGCACCAACACGAGCAGCAGCUCCAGCAGCUCCAGCAGCUCCUGACUUCCCAGCCACUUAAUCCAGAGCAGCAGGCCCUGGUGUUCCAGAUGAUGCAGCAGAUCCAGCAGAAGAGGGAGCUGCAGCGGCUGCAGCUGACGGGCUCGUCGCAGCUCUCCAUGAGCAGCCUCCUGGCCGCCACGUAGGCCCCGCUCCUGCACUCCAGCCCCAGCAGCAAUGAGCACAAGGCUUCCAAGAAGCAUUUCCUGCCGCUGGGCAAUGCCAAGAGGUGCUUUGGAAGACAGUACGUCUCCGACCAAGCCCUGGUAUCGGGAGGAGCGAAGGCCGGGGCCGCCUGGCACGCGGGCUCCCAGUGA